AUGUCCAGACACAAAGCUGUGUACGGAAAGGGUUUCAAGUCAAGCGAGCCUGUUUCUAAGAAAAUCCUAGGAGAACUGCAGCCAGCCAUUGCUGCUGCUACGGCCCCGCGUGAGUCAGAAUAUUCGCGCAACUCGGCGGCUGCGGCGUUUGGCUCAGCUCCCAGGCACCGUGAAGUGGAAUUCGUGGAGGUGGACAAGAGAAACCUGUUUAAGAUGGGCAUCACAGAUACACAAUGGAGUCGUCAAUGGGGCAUGAGGAGAAGUGGCUUCGAUAAUGCAUGGUCUCGUUUGGAUGCUUACAGUUUUGAACCUGACCCAGUGACAGUUGCUGUCUUGGACACUGGCGUGCAGCUAGAUCACGAAGACUUGCAAGGUAGGCUUUGGCAAAAUCCAGGUGAGAUACCAGGAAAUGGCAUCGAUGACGACGGGAAUGGCUUCAUUGACGAUGUGCAUGGCUGGGAUUUUGCGGAUGGAGAUGCCGAUCCUUCCGAUGACGAUGGUCAUGGAACGCACUGUGCAGGCGUCAUCGGUGCCGCGAAGAAUGGCAGGGGCGUGGUUGGCGCCUUUGGAGGCAGUUCUUCUGUACGAAUCAUGGCACUCCGUUUCCUCUCCAGUGAGGGAGGCCGCACCAGCGAUGCAAUCCUUGCACUGAACUAUGCGGUGUCCAUGGGUGCCGUGAUUUCCUCGAACAGCUGGGGCGGAGCAUCUCACAGCUUGGCGCUGGAGUCUGCGGUGCAGAGUGCUAAGGAAGGCAACGACUUCGUCCCGACGUUUCCUUGCAACUACGAAGCUGCUCUUUGUGUUGCUGCGACCACCUCCACAGAAGAAUUGGCCGACUACAGCAACUACGGUGUGAAUUCUGUGGAGAUUGCUGCGCCAGGCACUGACAUCAUGAGUACCUACAUCGGAAACAGCUAUGCAUCUUUAAGUGGCACCUCGAUGGCGACGCCACACGUGGCUGGUGCAGCUGCUCUGGUUUGGAGCUGGAUGGGGCAGCGCUUUGUCAGUGAUGCGGCUGGGGACCUGCGGGCCAUCAUCUUGGAGUCGGCUCAGCGGCCAUCUUUUCUGAAUGGCUGGGUGAGCCAUGGCAUGUUGGAUGUGAAUGGCAUGGUCUUAAAGGCAGAGUCACGAAACUGGCUGCGCCUUCUACAGCCUCCAAAUGGCUCGGUGGACGCCACAGGUACCAUUGCCUCCGUUCUGUUGGAUGCGCUCGGUGAGGUGAACACCAGUCUCGAGAUCGGUCAUGAGUUCUUGGCCGUUGGCACUUAUGAAGCCCACAUACUCAUCAGUGGGAGUGACCACGAGGACGAGGACGAGGCGGUGGUUCCGGUCCAGCUGACGAUUCUGGGAUCUCCUUAUUUACCAGCAGGGAUCUUCCAAGGGAUGUUGGACUUCGGUGUGGUGCCCUUGGGGGGCGAGGGCCGUCGAACUAUUCGGCUGUGGAACUAUGGCAAUGGCACAGCGCGGGUGAAGCUGAACCCGCUGGCUUCUCCGUUUGCUGGCCCCUUGGUGGAGGUGUCAGUGGAGCCUCACGAAUCGAUGGAUUUGAUCGUGACCUGCCGCCCCACCCGCACGGGGCAGUUUGCCGGGAACGCGAGCUUUGGCACCAACUCUGGGCUUCCAGCUGUCGAGGCCUCAUUGGCCGAUGCCACGGAGAAGGGGGAGCAGUUCUCCAUGGCUAUGAGCUGCAAAGGUAGCGAAGCACCACAUUUGGAAUUGGAUUCUUUCAGUGGUGCCGUCCUUCUGCAAGCAGAUGGCCUGCCUUUCCACUUCACGCCAUGCGUGCCAGCGCAAUGGGAGGCUAACUUUCUGGACGCCCAGUCACCCGACACGAACGUCACAGCGCCCCUGGCAGUGGUGGAAAGCUCCAACCUAGAAGGUUGCCUGCCACAUCAGACGACGGUGGCUGGACAUAUUGUGCUGGUGAGCCGAGGUGGCUGCACCUUUCAAGAGAAGAUCACCCUGAUUCAGGACGCUGGUGGACUUGGAGGCCUCUACUAUGACACAGAGGGGACCACCACCCUGCGGAUGAUGGGCACUGCAGACGUCAACAAUGCCCCCACACUUCCCGCAUUCAUGGUCUCUCGCUCGCAGGGUCUUGCGCUGCGAGAUCGGGUCCUGUCCGGUGAAGUGCUCAUGAUUUCGUUGAUCAGGCGUCCAAUUGUGCUGCACACUCAUCUGCCUGGUGAGGGUUCUCCGCGGGCCUAUGGACAGCUAGGAAUGCAAAACCUUGGUGGUGGCUUGCUCCACUGGAGCACUGAAAUCGACAUGCUGACGUUCGAGGAACACAGCUUCUACUCUGUUGUGUAUCCUGGAGCAGCCAAUUCAACAGCUGGUCCAGAUGUAGCGCCAUUGCCGCCAGCACCUGUGCCAUCGUGGACUGAAAGUAGCAUGCUGACAGAGGAUGCGUAUUUCAGAAAUAAGGACCAACAGUUGAGUCGGGUCUUGGAAGCUCAGUUGAGUGGAUGUCACCAAGCAAAUGCUGAUGUGUGGCAGGAUGUUCAAAUGUCAUCGAAUGGUUUGAUUGCAAUGGCACCGGACAGCAGCACAUUCCGAAAAGGCAGUGACUACUGGGGACACCUGCCCUCAGAAGCACUUCCCAACGGCCUUCUGGCAGCCUAUUGGAAUGAUCUUCGCUGCAGUGCUAGCCAUGGAUGCCGACUGAUGACAGGUGGUCACCGCUUUGCUCAAAACGAAGCCGGAUCCUGUGGCAAUAGCAAUGCGACCAUCAUCCAAUAUAAGGACUUUGUUCAUCGAUAUGACAUGUCUGCGGUGGUCUCCGUGGAAGCGCGACUCUAUGCCGACGGAUGCAUGGAGUUGCAGUACGACCGCGUACCGGGGCAGGAACAUCGAAGUGCAGCGAAGAUUGGCAUUGAGACCAGGAGUGGGCAACUGGACUUGCAAAAGGCUCCACAUGCUGAAGGGAUUCGCAGCGAUGCGUGUUUUUAUCAGAUUAUUUUUUGCUGGAAUUUGCUUCAAUCAAGUCCGCAAAGCUUGCGUUGA